AUGGAGAGAGAGAGACCCCUUUCCCGGCUUGUACGACAACAUUGGGGGGAGCAGUGGGGGGAGGGGGCGGGCCGAGAGGAAAAGCUUCACCCAAGUCACCGGAAAAACCCAAACGACCCUCCUCUCAGCCUCCUGGCGGAGCCCCCAGUCCCUGAAGUUCUGUCCCACCCUAAUAUACAGCGGAAGAAAUCCGACUGCUACUCACACGCCUCCCCGCACCUGGAAAUAGAAGACAACUCUUCCACACACCCCUCUCAUCUGAACCCCCCUCCCCCAUUUUCCAAGGACCAGGAAGCGAGGAGGAGGAGGAGGAGGGGCCUAUUCCGGGGUCCCGAGCGCCGAAGCAGAUGGCUACGGAGGCAGCGCGAGGCCGCCUGUCUCUCUCCCUGCGUCUCCCAUAAAGCGGGGGCGCGCUCGGCACGGGGCGGGGGGGGGAGCCAUGAAAGGCGCUCGGUUGACGGAAUUUACUAUACAAAAAAAUCCCCUUUGAAGAAUCUUCUGCCAGAGCUGUUCCAAAAACACAGGCGUUUCCCGGCCCGGCCCCCGUUCCUAUCCAGGGGACCCGGCGCCGGGGGAACGUUCACUGGAUCGUGCCCCGGGACAAAACGAGCCCCUCCCCAAGGCGAUUCCCUCCCGCUGAACACGUUUGCGCUCCCUGUCGCCCGCAAAGCCGUCAGCAGGCGUCCUCACGGAGCAGGGACCCACAAAGAACACGGCGUUGGUGGAGAUUUCAUGGCGCAGACGUCCCCGCUGCUGGAUUCAAAGGUGGGAGACGCCAACGCGGGAGAAGGUGGUUUUCUACGGGUCGGGAGGCGCCGUCGGACGGAGAAGAACACUGCCGAAGGCCCUGGAGCCUGUCUGGAGACGGAGAAGCGCCGUUUCUUCCCCGCAGCGGCUGACUGCCCAUUCACUCCUUGCCGGGCCUUUCUGAAGCACAACGAAACGGAGAAGAGAAGCAGCAGGCUCCUGUGCGUGGUACCAUUUCAGACUGCUCUUCUCGAAAACUCUCCGGAAUCUAACCCAAUGAAUCCAACCCUGUGCCAAACCAAUAGGGAGAGCCAAAGGCAUCUUCUGUCCAGACAGUUUCGCCAGCUUUAACAAUCAGAAGUGCUGAGUUUCAGAAGACAAGAGAGGGAGGGAAGUCAAGUCGGCCGUGACUCUGGUAGACUGGGAGGCGCCCUGCUGAUAGAUCUACCGCCUUCUGAGCAUUAUGGUUCUCCAGGCGGUGUACAACGGCAGCGCCAAAACAAACAAACAAACAAA